AUGUCUGGUCACGAGAAUGUAAAGAUUGCGGCGGUUUGUGAAGAGAGUUUCGAAGAGAUUGUCGAGGUUGUGGAAGUAGUUGAAGAAGAGCAAAUUCCAUCAUCUUCAGCUGUCUCAACAGCGCAAAAUGUAAAAUGCGAUGUUAUGGACCCAUUUUUCUACACCCAAGUUAAUCUAGAAGCAGUUAACAAAGACCAGUGAGUUUAAUUUUAAGAGAAUUCGGUAAAUUGUUCAAGAUUUUCUUACCUUACAGCUCGAUUUGUCAUCACUGCGGUGAAGAUCUAACAAAUCGUCGAUUUUACAACCACCUUUUCGAUUAUCAUGGUUAUUCAAAACAACAAUUGGAAAUUAUGAAAGCCCAAAAACGCCUCGAAACUUGUCGAAAACGAAAAGCUGUUGAUAAAUUGGAUUUAUUGGAAUGCGAAUGUGGUCAACAAUUUGUGACAAGUAAUGGACUUCGGAGUCAUAAAAUGAAAAUUCAUGAUAUUGCACCAACUGAAGACGAAAAGCAUUUCACAAGUGAUAAUAUUGUUUGUCCAAGUUAUGGAUGUGAACUAAAGUAAGUCUUGAAAUGAGCCUUUUUUUCAAAAAUAUCGAACAAUUUCCAGCUUCUCAACAUACAUGGACUUGGCAAUUCAUGUAGAUUCAUUUCAUCGAAAUCUGGUGACAGUUUCAGAUGCUUUCCGAAUUCGUCGAAUGAUGUUUGAUAACAAAAUGAGUUUUCUGGUGAGUAUUAUUUUUUUCUUUUCGAAAAAUAUUCAAAUCUGAUAAUUUUUUAUAGAAAUGGAAGCGAAUGAUGGAGAAACAAACAAAUUCUGAAUUUUUUCUUCGAACAACUCAAAAAGUAUCAUUUGCUAAUAAAACUAUGCUUUUCAAAUGUCUUUAUUCGAAUUCGAGAGGACAGCCGAAAGGAAGAAGAUGUGAACAAUGUCCAUCAUUUAUUAGAGUAGGUUUUUUCUGUAUUCAGAAAUUCUCAGAUUGUGUUAUUCAGUGUUGCGAGAGAAAUAGUGGAAAAUUCGAAAUCGUCGCCUGUUUUGGUCAUUUGGGACACGAACAUGAAACCGAAACAGCAGAAGCUCGCGAUUUGCGAGAAAUGAAAUGGCGUGAAAUCGAAGAAAAGGUUCAAUCGAUCUAUCAACCACAAGCCUAUGAUGUUCCCAAAAAUCCCGAAACUGAAGUUGUUGUGACGCAAGAAAUUUGGGAUAAAAAUGAUGGGCAGCCGCAAGAAGAACAUGUUUAUAUUGAAGGCGAUGCAGAAUAUGUGGAGUGA